AAAAACUCGCUUCUAAGCCUCUCAAACAGGAAAUGACUAUGACUUCUGAUCUGUAAAGAAGAGCAUUUGUGGUUAUCAACCAGUUGAGAGUUUUCUUCAGGGUGAACCGUGCAUGUGAUGGCCCAGACAAAAGAUCCAAACUUUGGGCAGUCAACAGGCACCAACUCUGCUCUUCAUAGGCUGGACACGUUAGCUAGCCGAUUUUUUCACAAAUAUCGAAAAGGGCACCAGGAGAAAGGACUAGAGAAUGAGGGGCCACAUGUGUCAGAGUAUACCAUCCUUUGGGAUGCAACAAUGAAAGAAUUCUUUGCAAAAGCCAAAGAGGACUUCUCAAGAAAGUGGGACGUUCAGCCACAGAGCACAUCAUGUCUAGAUGACUUUGACAGACUGAAAACUCUUGGCACUGGAUCUUUUGGAAGAGUAAUGCUAGUCAAGCACAGACAGUCAGGAAAAUACUAUGCGAUGAAGAUUCUGAACAAAGAAAAAGUGGUGAAGCUUAAACAGAUAGAACACACAUUAAACGAGAAAAAAAUAUUACAAGCAGUGUCUUUUCCUUUCCUUGUGAAGCUGGAGUUCACUUUUAAGGAUCAUUCAAAUUUAUACAUGGUCAUGGAGUAUAUCCAAGGAGGUGAGAUGUUCUCACAUCUGAGACGGAUUGGAAGAUUCAGUGAGCAGAACGCACGGUUCUAUGCUGCACAGAUUGUUCUGACAUUUGAAUAUCUUCAUGCUCUAGACCUAAUCUACAGAGACCUUAAACCUGAAAACUUGCUCAUUGAUCAUCAGGGAUACAUCCAGGUUACAGACUUUGGCUUUGCCAAACGAGUCAAGGGCAGAACCUGGACACUGUGCGGUACACCAGAGUACCUGGCACCUGAGAUCAUUCUCAGCAAGGGCUACAACAAAGCUGUUGACUGGUGGUCACUGGGAGUUUUAAUCUACGAAAUGGUUGCUGGAUAUCCACCUUUCUUCGCUGAUCAACCAAUUCAGAUCUAUGAGAAAAUUGUUUCUGGCAAGGCACAUUAUACUUCACACUUUAGUUCAGACCUGAAGGAUCUUCUGCGCAAUCUGCUGCAGGUGGACCUCACAAAACGCUUUGGCAAUUUAAAAAAUGGAGUCAGCGACAUCAAAAACCACAGAUGGUUUGCUACAACAGACUGGAUCGCGAUCUAUGAGAAGAAGAUUGAUGCUCCCAUCAUACCAAAGUGCAGAGGGCCUGGAGACACAAGCAACUUUGAUGAGUACGACGAGGAAAACAUCCGAGUGUCUGUCACAGAGAAAUGUACAAAAGAGUUUUUGGAGUUUUAGGGUUUCGGCUUUAGAAAUUUACAUGUCUAUUUUGUCUUGUUAUGCACCUUUAAAGUUGAAUUCAUGAACAUCAUGUUGCUUCAUUCAAAGAGAGUUUUCAGAGAUUUGAAAAUUCUCAGGUGCCUUUAGCAGUGAAGUGUAGUCUACACAGCAUUAAAAAAAGAUCACAUAGUAUUCUGUUUGGAAACAUUAUAUGUUAAUUAAUUUAUACAAUGGAUAAAGCAUAUUUUUUCUGUGAUGAAAGAUUUUUUUUUAUUUGUAUAACGUUACGGAAAAGCAACCUAUAUGUUCAGUAUUAAUACACACGAAAUGAGUGUGUCUGUGGAAUAUGUGUGCCAAAGCUUUUGGUUGUUCAGACAUAUCAAAAGAUAAAUGUUGAAAAUUAAGUAAAAUGUCUCCUUAAACAGUAGUAGUGCAAAUUAUUCCUAUACGAUUUUGUUAUUUUAUCUAGAAAAGCUUCAAAAAGAUGUCUAAUCUGAGCAUCUUCUACAGUUGUCCCCUUUUAUGGACCAUGUUAAUACUUUUAUUUUAAGAGAAAGGGUAUAUCUGCUGUAUAGAUUAUGAUGUACAAUUUUGGAACAGUUUACUUAGACACUGAAUAAAAGAAAAUUAUCUACA